AAGAAUCCAGCGAUUUAAGAGUGAUGGAUAUGUAACACCAGAGGGGAAAUUCUCUCUAGUAAAACUAAGCGUUUCAACUUAUUUUACAGGAUAGUAUGACGUCAUAUUGUUUCUAUUAGCUUCUAUCAAUCAUCUGAUUGGUCCGCACUCCGCUCCAUGAUCAUAUAAACAGGUCCCGACGCCACGAUCCACAAUUAUUUAAACGGAUCUCGACACUCGCCAAGGGAAAUCGUCCGAAAAUUGAGUCGUGGAAAAAUUAACACGGAAGACCAGAAGGUUCUCGUUCUACAAGACAGAUACAGAUGAGUAAAGUGUCCCUGCUCUGUGAAAUAUUCAUAGCGUAUUACGCAUGCGCAUAUUGUGACUCUUCUUGUCUUUCAUAUUGAUUUUUCACGACUCAACCAUAUGUUUUUCCAUGUUCCCGGUGCACGAGUGCCAAGAUUUCUUUAUAUAAUUAUAACCGCUGCGCUUCGCACAGAUUAGCAUUGAACUAAACUUCUACACUUCUAUAAACUUUUAUAGAAGUAAACGAACCUAAUAGAAGAUAUCAAAUAUAUCAAACCUAAUCCAAUACUUACGAUUCAAAAUCCCGCCGCAAAAUGGUAGCCACCUAUGUGCAUUUAUCAUGGACGUAUACCUAUGGCAUUUAUUUACAGCCAGCAACUCCGCUCAUUGGACGAAUCAUAAGAUAGAAGUUAAUAUGGCGUCAAAGUAACGUGUUAAAUACGCUUAAAACGCUCAAUUUUACAUAUGUAUAACUUCUGAACCGUUAAAUUCCUAAUAGGAAUUUUCUGAAGAGUAAUGUGAGCAUUUAAGAAGAUGAAGAUUUGUAUAAUGCGCGUGUAUUGGACAUUACUUUUUAUAUCAGUUGUUUCCAGUGCACUUCUGUUCAUCAUAGUUGCUUCUGAAAAUGCACAAACCAAUUAUCGCUCAUCCAUUAAAAUGAAUGAAACUUCUGAAGCUGUUGAUAAUAAUACGUCAAAUGAUAUGGAAAUUAUUGACCUAAACAUAUCCACUAUACCAAUUGCGGAACUACAUGAUCUAAGCAAAUUAGAAACUGAUUAUAAAGAUCAUUAUUAUCAUGAAAAAUAUAUUGAAGAAUCUGCUGGUUUUGAAACAGUUAUAAAUGGCGAAGCAAGAAAGAAAGAGAAUCCUUAUAAAGAUUCGGAUAUUGUAGCGGAAACUCUUACUCAACAACCUAAUUUAUCUCAGGGAAUUUCUGAAAAUGAGGAAGCAACAGUUUUAACAUCGGUGAAUACAUCUGUAGCAGAACUUCAAAGUUUAGCAGAAUCAAAGCUUAAUUCUGAGUUUUCAAAAUCUAGAUUAUUUCCAAAAAAAUCAUCUAUAUUGACAAAAAAUGGAAAUAUAAGACAAAAAAUAAAAAAAGUACAGGAAGAGACGUCAUCUAGCAUACAAACACCAUCACCAUCACCAUCUAUUGUCAAUGAAAUUACUGAAACGCGUAAUGAAACAAAUAGUCUUGAGGAAGAAUCUUUGUUACUGACAAAUUUAGUUGGGGAAGAGGAAACAUCUGAGGUAGUGGUUGUAGUAAGGGCUGAACAAGCUUCUAUUACCACUGAUGGGCCAGAGUUGAAGCUUGAAGAGAGUGUUGUUAAAGUACUUCCCGAUGAGAUAUCUAAAGUUGAUGGGACAUUUGCAACAACCUCAGAAUUAAGUGAUACUGAUGCUAAAGCUAGAUUAGCGGGAGAAAAUGGAGAUGAUGCUGCCGCAGUUGUACUUGGUGAAGGAAUCGUAACUGUGGGAUCCUCAAAUCCACAUGAAGAUAUUCCGUCUUUCAGUGAAUGGACACAAAAAAGAUUGGAGGAAGCUGAAAGGAAAAAAACACAUCCAAAUGCUUCUGUUCAGAAUUCUGGGACACCAACACGAGGAAUUGGUGGAAUGAAAGUUCGUUCUAAAAAUUAUGCUUCUCCAGAUUGUGGUGCAAAACUCGUAGCAGCAAAUCCAGAAGCACGAAGUGUUGGAAGCGUUUUAGUUUCCACCCGAGAUGAAUAUAUGCUUAAUACAUGUACGUCACGUAUAUGGUUUGUAGUAGAACUUUGUGAAGCGAUUCAAGCUAAGAAGAUCGAAUUGGCCAAUUUUGAACUUUUUAGUUCGUCACCAAAAGAUUUUUCAGUGUAUAUUAGCGAUCGUUUUCCUACAAGAGAUUGGAGUCCGGUUGGUCAGUUUACUGCAAAAAAUGUAAAGGACAUUCAAAGUUUUGCUCUAGAACCACAUCUUUUCGGGAAAUUUAUAAAAGUGGAACUUCAAACCUAUUAUGGAUCUGAACAUUUUUGUCCUAUUUCUUUAUUUCGUGCUUAUGGUACCAGUGAAUUUGAGGUUCUCGAAACAGAAACAGAGAAUCAAAUCCCGAGAGAGUCGCAUACAAAUGUAGGCGACGACGAAGACAGUGAUGAAGAGGAGAUUUUAGAUGUUGAAAAUGGUGAACCACCAAGAAAUUUAUUUGGCAGUGCUAGAGAUGCUGUAUUGAGCAUUAUGAAAAAAGCAGCCGAGGUAUUAGUAAAAUCAAGUGAUUUAACCUAUAACAACAUCACGAAAAUCCAGCAAAGUAUAGACAGUGGUAAUAUCCUUGAGAACUCUUUUAUCAGUUGUACUACACCAAGAUAUACCAUCCUUUGUGAUAGCUGCUCAGAUCAAAAAUUUGCAAAAAUCUUCCAGUUAAUUAGUUGUAGGGAAAAACAAUUAAAUGAAUUGCUUAAAAUUGAUCUGGUGAAUAGAACUUUAAGACAAAGCGGACUAUGUAAAAUUCAUGGUGUUGGAGUUGAAACUUCCGCAAAAAAGGAGACAAGAGGAAAUAAUGAAAAUGUAAAAGAUACGGAAAAACAUGAUCAACUUAAUGAAGGAUUUAGUUCAAGUAAGAAUUUUCAGCUAGCAUUCAUAACAUCUAUACUUAAAUCUGAAUAUAUUGCGGCACUUUGCAAUGUAUUAGCCAUAAAAGAACGUAAAGUGGUAAUGAAUACAAGCCAUGAAAUACCAUUUAAUAAUUUCAAAGAGGUUAUUAAAGAAGAUAUAUCACACAAACACAAAGAAGAUUAUAAUAGUGAUACAUUUCAACACACGUCAGCUACACGUGCUUUGACUUCAAAUGUUGAUAUAACUUCUCAAGAGCCUAAAAAAGGUAUACGGGAACCAUCUAGUGAAGAAACUAACAUAUUCUCUAGUACACCUGUCGAGAUUUCUUCCAGUUCUAAAAGUAUAGCUUCACAGAUAAAGCCUGCUAAAACUUUUGGGAAAGAAGAAAUUAAGAAUGAAACAUCGAUACCAAUUUUGGAAAUUGAGGAAACAAUUCAGGCCGAAGUACUAACAACUGUUCCUGUAUCUUUAAAUAUUGAACAACAUCCAAUCUUAAAGGCCUCCGAAGAGCCACCUAUAACUCCUAGUAUUUCUAUCGAAAAUUCACCUCAAACAACUGCUUCUGUCUCAAUAACUACUACUGAUAGCAGCGAAUUUCCAAAUGAUGAUGUAAUAUCAGACAUGGAACCAUUGGAAUUUGCUAGCGUACCAAAUAAAGUGGAGAAAGUGGGACGUCUGGAUCAAGAAGGGAAACAAGAACAAACAGAGAUUUUAGAUCAAGAAAUUAAGUUACCUUCUCAAGAUUCUUUAACGUUUGACAAUUUAUUAUCUGAUCUAAAGGAUUUAGAAGGGGAAUCAGCCCAUAUUCAAAAUGGUCCUAUUGCGAGUGCUUCAGUGACUCAGUCAACGGCAAAUACCAUGCCGCAAAAAGAAUCUGUUUUCCUAAGAUUGUCUAAUAGAAUCAAGGCAUUAGAAAGAAAUAUGUCUUUGAGUGGACAAUACUUGGAAGAAUUAAGUCGUCGAUAUAAAAAACAGGUUGAAGAAAUGCAAAGAUCUCUUGAACGCACGGUUUCAGCAAUGAGUGAAGAAACGCGAAAAAGAGACGAACGUGAAUCAAAAAGGGCAGAAGAAAUUUCUAUUUUAAAAGAAAAAAUCGUUAACCUUUCCAACUCGAUGAAAAAUCUACUACAUGAUCGUGAUAGUUGGCACGGGAAAAUCUCUAUGAUAGGCCAACAUAUGUUGUUAAUAUGCUCCGAAGUUUUUAUGAUAUAUUUAAUUUUAAUGUACUGUUGGGGAAAUAAUAAUAAAGGAGUUGAAGUUAAGAAGAAGCAACAGUCAGACAAAGACAUGAUGCGGCGUAAAAGUGCAGAAAACUAUAAUUCACAUAUGAAGAAACCGAAAAAGCGAAGACCAAGCGAAAUAGCUUCUCACAUUACAGGUACAUACCGCGAAUUAAUGAUUAUUGGUAAAUCUAAUGAAACGAAAAAGGAAAAGAAGAGGAAACGUAAAAAAGCAAUCACCCUGAUUGGUGAUCAAACAAAUGUAAAUAAUGAUAUAGAGAUAUGUCCAAAUACACAGUACAGAACUUCAACUUCAACAGAUGUUACACACGAAAUGGAAAUAACACCAAAAAUUGCUUCGUCUGUUGAAGUGUUGCAUACAAUUGAUGCCCCAAAACAGGUUUGUAAAAGGCUUAAAUCUGCCCCAGAAAAUAUGAUUAAUUCGCACGAUGAUAAUGUUCACAAAGCAGAGAGUAAUAUACAACUGAUAUACAACUUAUCAUGUGCUGAUAACUCUGAGACAGAAUCCAUUAAAAAUUCUGAGCUAAAUAAUUCAUAUACUGACAAUUCAAAUGAAUUGAAUUCAUUAUCAGCAGAUAUAUAUCCAGAAAGAAUUGCUUAUAGUGAACAAACUGUCAUGGAAUCUGAAGAUCUCUUAAAUUCCAAAAACAUUAGUGGCAUAUUAAAAGACACAAGACUAAGUGUAACAUCUUCCUUUAUGAAAACAGCUUUAAGUACGAGAAAGAAAAGAAAAGCUUAUUCAAAUGAUGUGAAUGGAGAAUGGAGUAAGAAUUCACGUGAUUCUAAUGAUAAGACUGUACAAGUAAGUUAUAUUCCCUUAAAACUGUCUUCAGAAAAAGUUCAUACCGAUGGUGAUACAACUACUAACGGUCUGUUAAUGGAUCAAAGUGAUGAAUCUAGAAGUAGUAGUGUGACGUCAAUAUCAAAGAAAAAGGAGAAAAAGAGCACUGGUUUUAGGAAAAUGGUGAGAAAAUUUUUUUGAUUAAAAUAAACUUGCCAAUGACGGCUGAUUGAGGGGAUAACUUGAAAUUGCUAGAGCUUAUAAGACUUUCUAUUUAAGUAUAAAAUACGCUUGGUUCGAAUGCUUUGCCCGUAUGAAGUUACUUAAGAUAUGUGCAGUUUCACAGACUUACAUUAUUUGUAGAGCUGUAUUCCUAUAUAAUGUUUCCGUAAAUAGUUGAUCAGUUGGUGAGAUUUUAUAAUAUAUUAUCACACAGCAUAUUAUAAUAUGUGGCACAUAAUCAUCGUAUUAUAUCUCCAAAAAAUAUAUGCAGACUGUGUGCAUGUACAUAUAUUGCGCAUCCAUAUGUCACAAAAUUUUACUAACUGACCAUGAACUGUUUUCAGAAAUUUUAUAUGCAAAUAAGUCUGUACCUCUGUACAUACAUUAAAUAGAUCGUAUAAUAUCUGAA